AGCGCCAGAGGUGCGGUGCACCUGUGGCGCUUUAUUCCGCAGUCCAACAUUACUUUUGGCACAGGAGAAUUGUUGGCGCAUGAGCCUCCAGGCGAAUAAACCUGGCGUUUCAAGCAAGGGUGCUAACAGAGGUCCACAGCUGAGCUCGGUGACUCACUCCAAUGGGGAAAUGGACCGACUCCCAAAGCUCCUGCGGCUACCUCUCGAUUGCGGCCACAUGGCACUACAAAUGCCCGCAUCGUGCCAAAUCUCAGAGGAGGAGGAGAAGAGCAGUAGCAGAACUCGGAAGAGUUGGUCUUCACUCCUGCCUCUGGCUAGAAAGCGGCCCACAGAUUUGUUGCUCGACGCUGAGAUCGUUCGUUGGAGGUGGGGCUAGCUGCGAUUUGGCAAACAGGGGUUGAGGAUCAUCGAACAGAAGGAGAUUCAAGUCGAGCAGAGGAGCUUUGCAAUGGCGGGCAAGACCGUGGUCGUGACGGGAGCAAAUGGCUUCAUUGCAUCCUGGCUGGUCAAAUUACUCUUGGAGCGUGGCUACACAGUGAGAGGAACUGUUCGCAGCCCAGAAAAUGUUGAAAAAGUAGGUCAUCUGCUGGAACUGCCUGGUGCCAAGGAAAGGCUUUCCCUUCACAAAGCGGAACUUCUGCAGGAAGGUGCCUUUGAUGAAGUAGUUGAGGGCGCUGACGGGGUCUUCCACACUGCAUCUCCAUUCUUUCUAACAGGGAUCACCGAUCCAGAGGUGCAACUAGUAGGCCCGGCCUUGCAAGGAACGCUGAAUGUUCUAAGAAGUGUCUCACGAUGUAAGAGCGCAAAACGUGUAGUCCUUACUUCAUCAACAGCGUCGGUGAUGCACAACGGGAGAGAACUUAAAUCUUCAACUGUUCUGGACGAGAGUUGGUUCAGUGAUCCACAGUUCUGCCGGGACAACAAGAUUUGGUACCCUCUAUCAAAAAUUUUGGCCGAGCUAGCUGCUUGGGAUUAUGUGAAGGAGCAUGCCGAAGACUUUGACUUGGUGGUAGUAAACCCAUGCAUGGUGUUAGGUCCCAUGCUGCAGAAAACCCUCAACACCAGCAGUGAGAUAGUACUUGACAUGCUCAACGGAAAGAUGAAGGGAUAUCCAGAUCUGGCACAAUCAUGGGUGGAUGUGAGGGAUGUUGCCUUAGCUCAUGUACUUGCCUUUGAGACGCCCUCUGCAGAAGGACGGUACAUUCUAGUCGGGAAGGUGGUGCAUUACAGCGAGGUCUCAACUAUUUUGCAAAAACUUCAACCGGGGCAUCCAGUUCCAAAUGAGUGUGUCACUGGAGAAGCUCCCAAAGCCGUAGUGUACAGCGUCAAUACAAGGAAAGCGCAGGAGUUGGGAGUAACGUUUACGGAUUUUCAGGAUUCACUGAAGGAGUCUAUUGCAAGUUUAGUAGAGUUGAAGCUGGUGGAACCUGGUAAGCAAGAAUAGUAACACUACAUGAAACUUACAACUAUUUCUUGUCUUUUUAGCGUUUACCCAUGAUACCCAGUGGAGAGAGCAGAGCCCGCAGGCUUUCUAACAGAUUCAUAGGUUGGACGUGCUCCAAAUCCACACGUUUUACUUGUAUAUAAAUUUUUGGAACCAAGUCUUCCUUCUAUGCUUCUCUAUGUGCUUGUCAAAACCAUAAAGUCUAGCGAACACUGAAUGAAAUUUGUUUCUUGUAACGCUGCUCAAGACGUUUUGAAUAUCAAUUCCGAUAUCUAAAAAUUGGUGAAUGCUGCAACUCAAACCGAAAAAGUAAUGAACGACAGUUUUCAAACUGGCACAACUCGAAUUUGUAGUCAGUGG